ACCCGGCCGUCUGGUGGCAAGGAUUUACAACAGAGUUGGGGAUUCACGAACUCCCUGACCAUCUGUUCAUCAGUGCUCUGUUCAUCAACACCAAGGGAGGUUGUCAGAUCUAGCUCAACCACAUGGCAACCAUCCACGGCGUCCAGGUUUCAGACCUGUACAAGAAGGUCUCCUGGGAGGACAUGACAAAGGAAUGGAAAAAGCGGUUCAUCGUCGACGAUGCCCCGACACUCGCCGUCAACCGCAUCUUCACGAUGGCUCAAGGGAGCACACCGACACAUGACUGGCUCAUGGAUUGGCAGAAAAUCAUGGCGACGCCCUAUUUGGACUUGUCAUUUCCGCAUCUGCGGUGUGAGUUCUACAACAGGUCAUGCGCAGCUCUCAGCCUCGCACUUGGUGAUCGCGAGCAGUACCACACUUUCGCAGAGAUCAUCAACAAGGCGAGAGAGCUCAUCAAGACUAACAGGCCGGCUGCACACGAGAAGUCCACGUGGCAGCCAACCUAUGUGAAGAAGGUACGAACUGGUCCGCGACAGCAGCAGUUCGCUGCAGUCCAGUCGGACAGUGGAGAUAACCCAGCAACCACUCCAGCAUCAAGUGACGGAGAUCAGGUGGCUGCUGUCCAACCAGUACAAGGUCCGCAGCCGCUAUGGCAGCUGCUAUUGGUGCAACAGCACCAAGCACAAGACCUCCCUGUGCCAAGAUCAGGGCAAGGAGGAUGUGCGACCCCGCCUCAGCUCGGGAAACUGAGCUCCGCGGAAGGUGAGGCGACUCCACCUUCUACUCCGCCAGAUUCGGCCGCCUUGCUAGCGGCCUCCUGCACAUCUGGGGAGAACGCGAAUGUCGCAAGUCCUCGAUACACUUACGAGGACUAUGCUGUCCACUUGGUUCCACCACUGGACCAACCGCUCCACGUGCAACAAUCCAUCGCAUGCACGGUUUCAUCACCAUCGGCAACCGAUUCGGCACCUUCGCCGCAAUCUAUCGCCGGGGAUUCGAUGUCAUGGUCAAGACUUGAAGAGCUCGACCCAUUGACGUUCACGGACUUCAAGUGGAUGCCCGUCCCCCCGACCGGACGAUUGCCGAAACCGCAUUGCAAUGUGCUCAUGGCACAACUGCGAGAUUACUUGCACACUGCAGUACCAGCUCCGUUGAUGGACGCCGGAGCAGAGGUUGUCGACCUUCACGCUUACAUCGCGAAGAUCGACCGUGAGUUCAAGACGCAACGCGAGGAUCACCCGGUGAACUUCUUCCACCGCACCGUUCACAUUCGUGAUCGGAACGGAGUAUUAGUUCCAUGCACGGUACCUCUUCCUCAUCCUUCGAUCAACUGCCACGUGGUAUCUGCCGCAAGCAUGCGAGUUUCCAUCAUCAGAGAUGACAUCGAGGAGAUGGGGGUGUGUUUUCUCCACCCCCUUCUGCCCCAUGACGCUUCAUCUUCAGAUUCACGCAUCACCGAGCUUCUCGACGCCUACAGUGACGUGUUCGAAGGCCCGCACGGAGUAGCACCGGAUCGACCCAUCCGCCACGAGAUCAUCCUCGAGGACGGGGCCGUACCUCCGCGCGGUUGCAUCUACCGAAUGAGCGAGGAGGAGUUAAGUGUGCUUCGGGCACAACUCGACGACCUUCUAGAGAAAGGCUGGAUUCGGCCUAGCUCAUCGCCAUACGGUGCUCCUGUUCUCUUCGUCCGGAAGAAGAACAAGGACCUGCGGUUGUGCAUCGAUUAUCGCAAGCUCAACGCGCAGACGAUCAGGAACGUCGGCCCUCUCCCACGCAUCGAUGAUCUUCUCGAGCGAUUGGGCAGCGCCCAGUUUUUCUCUAAGCUGGAUCUCAAGUCAGGGUACCACCAAUUCGAGAUUCGCAAGGAGGAUUGCUACAAGACCGUGUUCAAGACACGGUACGGGCAUUUCGAAUGGCUGGUCGUGUCGUUUGGCCUUACGAAUGCCCCAACCACUUUCCAAGCGGCUAUGACAAUGGAGUUCCGACACAUGCUGGAUCAGUUUGUACUCUACCUCGACGACAUCUUGGUGUAUAGUCGGAGUUUGGACGAGCAUGUGGAGCACCUGCGCACCGUUUUGGAGCGGCUACGACAAGCCAAGUACAAAGCAAGCCGCGACAAGUGUGAGUUCGUACAGCAGGAGCUGGAGUACUUGGGACACUAUGUGACGCCGCAAGGCAUCCGUCCGCUCGCAGACAAGAUCGAGGCCUUACGAGUAUGGCCCGAGCCCACCAACACCACGGACGUUCGUUCAUUCAUGGGAUUGGCGGGCUACUAUCAGCGAUUCAUCACUGGAUACUCCAGGAUUGCUGCACCUAUGACGAGGUUACAGUCGCCAAAGGUGCCAUUCGUAUUCGAUGACGAUGCACGCCGCUCAUUCCAAGCACUUAAGACGGCUAUGCUGAUGGCACCCGUCCUUAGCAUCUAUGACCCCACCUUGCCGACGCGAGUGACUACGGACGCUUCCGGCUAUGGCAUUCGGGCAGUCUUGGAACAGCACGACGACGACGACUGGCACCCUGUGGAGUAUUUCAGCCACAAAGUGCCUCCCAUCAACUCGCUUGAUGAUGCAAGGAAGAAGGAGCUGCUCGCAUUCGUGAUGGCCAGGGUUACGCAGGACACGGUGAGCAGCACGAUCGGACGAUGGAUGUACUUCAUCGACCAAUUUGACUUCACACCGAAACAUGUCCCCGACCUCUCCAAUCGCGCAGCAGAUGCACUCUCGCGAAGACCUGAUCUUUGCGCUAUGACACAUCAUGCCUUCGCAUUUGACGAGGAGCUUCAGCGACACUUCAUCCGGGCAUAUCAUUCUGAUCCAGACUUCGGCACGCUCUAUGCACAGCUAUCUUCGGAUCACCCGCCGGCCAGCCAUUACCGCAUUGCCGACGGGUACUUGCUCCUUCACUCGAGAGGCAAGGACUUACUAUGUGUCCCACGUGACCGUCGUCUUCGGACUCGCCUCCUCAGCGAGUAUCAUGAUUCACGACUCGCCGGCCAUUUCGGAGUCAACCACACUAUUGCACGGCUUCGACAGCGAUUCCGAUGGCCCGACCUCAUUACCGACGUCACUCAGUAUUUCGACUCUUGCGAAGUUUGCCGACGCAACAAGCCUGGCAACCGCAAUCCCUACGGCGAGKUACACCCGAUGCCUAUCCCACGGGAACCCGGUCUCUCCAUUGCCAUGGACGUCACCGGUCCGUUUCCUCUCGACCGGCUCGGGCACGACGGCAUCCUCACGGUUGUGGACCGAUUGAGUAAGUACGCACGUUUUCUACCUUGCAAGUACUACUCCACGGCCCCCGAGCUAGCACGCCUCCUGCACACUGGUUGGAUUUGUGGCCACGGUGUACCAGAAGACAUUGUCAGCGACCGCGACACUCGUUUCAUGUCGGCGUCUUGGACUGCUCUCAUGCAAGAGUCCGGCACAACAAUGAAACCAAGUUCGGCUCGACAUCCUCAGAUAGACGGGCAGACGGAGCAAGCACAUCAAACCGCUCAAAUGAUGCUUCGUACGCUCAUCCGUCCGGACCAGAAAGAUUGGGUUGACCGCCUCCCCGACAUCGAGUUUGCCUACAACACUUCGGUGCAUCCGGCCAUCGGCGUGACUCCAUUCGAAUUGCACCACGGUGGACGGAAAGGCCGGAUCUUGGCCGACCUUCUCCUCCCUCAACCAGCCGACAUUGACGCUGCCUGCUCUCCCGCUUCCGUCUGGAAGUACAGGGAAUUGCUAACUCAAGCCCGCGCAAAUAUGCAAAAGGCUCAAGUCCGCAUGCAGCAGCAAGCCAACAGGCGUCGCGUACCAUGUCCCAUCCGCGCCGGUGAUCUGGUUUGGGUCUCUGCACAAGAGUUUGCACUGGAACAGGAUGUUUCACGCAAACUGCUUCCCAAGUGGUUUGGACCCUGGUCUGUGACAGCAGCCGCGGGCGAUGAGCCUGAUGGCCCUUCAUUUGUGAUCAACAUUCCAAAGCAUCUGUGACGGUCCAUCCGGUCUUCCACGCCUCGAAGCUGGCAACAUAC